UCAAUACCGCAUUAAGCUAGUGCUUGGCAUUUCAACUUCCAGUUUUGUAGUUAGUGGGUGUCUAUCAUUAUCAGCCAUUAAAACAAAUUUUGGAAUAUUUGGGAAAUUUUGGAAUCAAAAUGUGGUUUUUUUUUUGUUGUAUAUGUGAGUAUGUGACAGUAUUCUACAGGUUGCCAUAGUUGAAGUGCUUUACUUUAGCUCCACCGUCCCAAGCAUAGAUUCUCUUUGUGUACAUCGCAGCCUAAAGGGUUUGGAACUCAUCUUUCUAACACUUGCAUCAAGUGUUUGCACCGGGUGGUUAUUUAGGCAAAUAUAAUGAGCCAUAGCAGAACCACUGCAGGCUCUGGAAGUAGAACUGCUAGAAGCACAUUUGAGUUCGGAAGAACACAUGUCGUUAGGCCCAAAGGAAAGCACCAAGCCACUAUAGUUUGGCUACAUGGCUUGGGAGAUAAGGGUUCAAGCUGGUCCCAGCUUUUGGAUACCCUCCCUCUUCCAAAUAUUAAGUGGAUUUGCCCAACUGCGCCUACUAGACCGGUCGUAUUAUUUGGUGGUUUUCCCUGCACUGCUUGGUUUGAUGUGGGAGAUAUUUCAGAAGAUGCUCCUGAUGAUAUGGAGGGUUUGGAUGCUACGGCUGCACAUGUUGCGAAUCUAUUGUCAGCAGAGCCUGAUGACAUCAAACUGGGUGUUGGUGGCUUCAGUAUGGGAGCUGCAACUGCCCUCUACUCUGCCACUUGUCGCGUUUUAGGACAAUAUGGUAAUGGGAACCUGUAUCCAAUUAACCUAAGUGCAAUUGUUGGUUUAAGCGGAUGGCUACCAUGUUCAAGGACGUUGAGGAUCAGGAUGGAAGGAUCACACGAUGCUGCACGGAGAGCAGCAUCCUUGCCAAUCUUGGUUUGCCAUGGCUUAGCUGAUGAUGUGAUCGCAUAUAAACAUGGACAUAAAUCAGCGGAGGCCUUAACUUCAGCUGGAUUUCGGAAUCUUACAUUUAGAACCUAUAAUGGGCUGGGUCACUAUACAGGACCUGAAGAGAUGGAUGAAGUUUGUAAUUGGCUAACUGCAUGGUUAGGGCUUGAAGGGUCACGAUCGCACUAGUGAAAAGUAAGUGAAGAAAGAUGGAGUACUUACAACUUUUGUAGGUGAUUUGAGGAGGUGGCACCUCUGAAUAUAUGCAUAGUCUGGGGUAUAUGGUAUAGCUCAUGGUUUGGAGUUAUUAUUUACUAAAUUACCUUUAGGGUAUGGAAUAAUCUUCUGUUUGGUUUCUGGCAAACAGGGGUUUGUGAUUAGUUUUUGUAAUCUGUCUUUCCGGUUGAGAUGUGAAGUUGGAUGGCACUUGUGCCUAGUCCAGGGAAAAUUUUGUUUGCUUAUAUGUAACUCAAAAUAAGUUAUGUGUUUUAAGUUUUGCCACUGAUAAUGUAAUCUGGGAGGGAUAAUAAGAGCUGGAUAUGGAUGAGUUCAUUACUUCA